AUGCCCCCUGGCGGCCAAUCGUGGCAGCUCGUUGCAGAGGCUUGUGGUGGCCAUGGUGGGGGCAAACUUCAUGAAGAGCUAUUGUUCUCCCCUGGUGGUCGGGGAGGUGUUGCAAUUUCCAACUCUUCACAGGCAUGCCACGUGCUGGGCCUGGAUGGACAGAGCUCACGAUCCGACUUCGAAAGCCCACCCAACCUCUCUUACCCUUUUCUGGAUCACCAAGGACAAACGUUGGCGCUUUCCGACAACUCAUCCAGGACUCCAUGCAGUGGAAAAGACUGGCUCCGCUCCACAAUGCGGAAGCCCUAUGGAUGGUAUUGCUUUCGAAAACCGGACUUCUUCCUCACUUGCGAUCCUCAGACAAUGUUUUGUGUUGGAGCGGUUGGGACCGCUCUUGUUGCUCACCCUGCAACUGGAAAGUUUCGGUUUCUCAGCGAGAAUUUGUUUCGUGCAGCCCCGGCGGGGGGAAGGGCGCCGCGCGGCAUUGGAGGUGUGAAGCGAAAAGCAGGCCACGGCGGGAACGGUCAAUGUGCUGCUGUGAAGACCAGGCUAGCCACAGGACCCGACUUCAACAGCUUCACAGUGCGAGAAGUUACGGACGUCAUAGGAACGGAAGGCGCUCCUGGCAUCAGAGGCCUUGCCAGCAUCAGGCCAUGCCAGGCUUGA